AAAUUUUGCCAGAAGUUCCCCGUCCAUCAAGUAUGAUAGGCGUACAACCAGCAUUUAAAAAAGAAAGGCGAGGCAAAUUUCCUCGCGCGCUUGCGCUCCGCCGUGACGUCAGUUACCUGCGACUUCUACUUGCAGGGGAAUCCACGUGUUUCGACAUUUCCGGGUCUCCGACUCGGGUUAGCCAUGGAGGAGGCAACGGCGGUGCCCCAGAAGCGUUACUACCGGCAGCGCGCUCAUUCAAACCCGCUGGCGGAUCACACCUUACUCUAUCCUGCCAGACCUGAGGAAAUGGACUGGUCUGCAUUAUAUCCAGAGUUCUUUGCUCCUUUAACCAAGGAUAAUUUGCACGAUGAUCCAAAGGACAUGGAGGAAAGAACCAAACCUAGAUAUCAAGUGGAAUUUGCUGAUAUCGGUUGCGGUUAUGGAGGAUUACUUGGCGGCUGACCCUAUUGUAAGCCUUCUAGGAACCUCAACUGAAGAAGGGAAGAAGGUUCAGAGGAAUGGAGGCGAAGUCUUCCCAGCUGUCUUCCGUCGGAUCAGGGAACAAGAAAUGGCAAGAACAUGACUGGGAGUUUCCUAAAUCCUUCUAGGCAUUCAUAUCUACAGCAAGAAGCCUGGUGAAAGUGAAGGAUUGGUUGCUUCUGGCUGCACUGGAGUUGACCUUUCAUAAAGAGGGAUGGAUAAUCCUUUCUGGUGAAACAUUUUCACUGUUGCAUAAGGGUUUUCUUGGUUCACAUGUUUGCUUCUUAAUUUUGCCCCUAGAAGGAAUGCAUCCAGUGGGCGUUUCUGAUGACCACAUAAAGGUCAGAAGUACACAGCAGGACCAAGGCGAGCCUUUUU